UGCUGUGACCUGGGGUUCCACGCCAGCCUCGCUCGGACCUUCAGGACUUACCUGUCUGCUGAGUACAACCUGGAGACCUCCCGCCACGAGGGCCUGGACGUCAUCGAGAACGCCGUGGACAACCUGGACGCACGGAGCGACAAGCACACCAUCAUGGACAUGUGCAACCAGGUCUUCUGCCCUCCCCUGAAGUUUGAGUUCCAGCCCCACAUGGGGGAUGAGGUGUGCCAGGUCAGUGCCCAGCAGCCCGUGCAGACCGAGCUGCUGAUGCGGUACCACCAGCUGCAGUCCCGCCUCGCCACCCUCAAGAUCGAGAACGAGGAGGUGCGGAAGACUCUGGACGCCACGAUGCAGACGUUGCAGGACAUGCUGACGGUGGAGGAUUUUGAUGUUUCAGAUGCCUUCCAGCACAGUCGCUCCACUGAGUCGGUCAAAUCAGCUGCAUCAGAGACCUACAUGAGCAAGAUAAACAUUGCCAAGAGGAGAGCCAACCAGCAGGAAACCGAAAUGUUCUAUUUUACAAAAUUUAAAGAGUAUUUGAAUGGCAGCAACCUUAUCACGAAGCUCCAGGCUAAACACGACUUGCUGAAGCAGACUCUUGGAGAAG